CGUCAGCGCCUAAGCACUCUAUAACAAAGCCGUAUUCGCUGCGUCCCUUUCGGACGCUUUUAACGGGUAAAGCGGUUAUAAACACCGGCUCUAUCGGCACUCCACAGACACGAUCAGCUUAAACAGGACCGUUUAAACACACAUACAGAAUGUAAAUAAAGUUUGAUUGAGUGAUGGAGCACAUGGGACAGUUACUACAAGAUGGUGACCAGGAAUCAAAAAUGGCAAAAUAAAGAAAACUGAAGAGCCGACUAAGAAGCGACAUGAAAAGAAAAAAAGACAGUGAAGACCCUGCUGUCUUGCUUCACCACUUCCUCAUAUGAUGGACCAGCCUUUUCUGAUAGGCUGAGCCUCACCUCUUACACUAGGCCCAUGAGGUAACCCCGACAGUGGUUAGUGAUGCCCAUGGCAGGGCCGUGAUGGGGCAGAGGGUCUCAGGCGUGGUGAAAUCUGCUGAGGAGUGCGAGGGGGCUGCGCUGGCAUUGCAGGUGGCCCUUGUGCCCCUUGGCAGGCACGGACAAGGACACGGGCUAGGACACCCGCUCUCACCGCGCUUGGAACUGCUGCUGGACAUGCCUCCAGCAGACAUUGGCACUCAGCUUGAGCAUGCUUGGAACCCUGAUGACCGCUCACUCAACCUGUUCAUCAAAGAUGAGGACCGACUGACUUUCCAUCGCCAUCCGGUAGCACAGAGUACUGACUGCGUGCGAGGUAAAGUAGGAUUCACUCGUGGCCUGCAUGCCUGGACUGUCCGGUGGCCCGUGAGGCAACGUGGCACACAUGCCAUUGUCGGUGUCGCGACCUCUCGAGCACCGCUUCAUGCUGUUGGCUACACGGCGCUCGUUGGCAGCGAUGUAGAAUCUUGGGGAUGGGAUUUGGGCCGGGGCAAACUUUACCAUGACAGAAAGAGUCAUACGGGGCCAGCGGCCUCGUACCCUUGCAGCCAAAACGAGGAGGACGAGGACACGUUCACAGUACCCGAGGAGGUGCUGGUGGUCUUGGACAUGGACGAGGGCACACUGGGGUUUUGUGCCGAUGGUCACUUCUUAGGUGUAGCCUUUCGGGGUCUCAAGGGGAAGAGGCUGUACCCGAUCGUCAGCGCGGUGUGGGGACACUGCGAGGUCACAAUGACGUACAUCAACGGACUUGAGCCUGAGCCUCUGCCACUGAUGGAACUUUGCAGGAGAGCAGCUCGCCAAGCGCUGGGCCGUCAUCGAAUCCACCACAUCCACACACUGCCCCUGCCCCAGACUCUCAAAAACUAUCUGCAGUACCAGUGAGAGUCCUGCACAUGGCCCUGAAAUACAUCAGCAUCAGUGACCUCAAUGCACAACUGAACGUCCUUCAGACUCCAUGAUUUUCCAUUUCUUCUCUUCCCUUUUUUAUUUUUUAUGCAAGACUCCAUUUACACCUAAGUGAAAAGAGCAGUAUAUUUUAUUUACACUCACCUGCGAUCUAGUAUCACCGUCGUAGUUUGAGUUCGCUUCCUAGCAAAUGUGGCUUGUUUUGAAUUGCACAUUGCAAUAGUAAGCCUGAUGUUAGCAAGCUUUGCUAAGUGAACUUGGCUAGCUACUGAGCGUCAAAUGGCUGCUGCUGGAAAGGAAAACGGCUCUAAAUAGCUAGCUUAGCUAAAGUACUUAUUAUUAUAUUGUGUAAUUAAAGCUGACAUUAUUUGCUACACAGUACGUCGAGCCAAAGAGGAAGAGGAAAGGCUAGUGGUGAUGUCAUACCGCAUGACUCAAGUUUGUUUUUGGCAUUUCAGGCUUAUUUUAGGCGCCGACUUUGCUGAUCUACGGAGGUCUGCUGAUCAGGACGUGUGAACAUUUACAUUUUUACAGUUUUGUGUGUGUGUGUAUGUGUGUGUAUAUAUAUAUAUGUAUAUAUGUAUAUGUAUAUAUAUGUAUAUGUAUAUAUAUAUGUAUAUAUAUAUAUAUGUAUAUAUAUAAUAUAUGCGUGUGUCCGUGUAUACAAAUGGUUGUACUGGGUGCAAAUUCAUUUUUCCACCCUUUCCAAACCUCCAAAAAGCACAGCGAAUUGUAGCGUCCGAUUUUUAACACUGGUGCUACGGACACUCGGUUUUACAAUACGUUUGGGUUCAAAGCAGACUGGAAUGAGCGUCUUCCAUAGAUGAUUAUCUGUUUGUUUAUUUUUACGUUACACUAAAGAUAUUUAAUUAUAACAGAGUCCAAAUUACCAUGCACCUAAACACCAGGCUUUUUAUUAUUAUUAUUAUUAUUAUUUUUAAUCGUCUUAUCUGAGUGACUCCAGUGAUUGAGGAUAUUUGAAUGAAACGAGUGAUUGUGUUUUUUUCGAAAUAGUGCAGAUUGUUGCGCAUGAGUGAUGUGAUGCAUUUUAUAGUGUUUUAACCUGAGACGUGCCUGUUUUCAGUGCUUGGGACAAGUAGCGGUAGGCUGUUUAUCCAGAGGAAUAUAGGAAAAGAGCUAGUUGUUUUUUGGUAGCUGUUACGAUUGUGUUAAUAUGUCCACCAUAUUGGAAGGGGCCAGAUUUGAUUGUAGGACAAUGCAGGACACUUCAAAUCAGCUGCAGCCUUCUGUUUAUUUUCUUUCUUACUGCUGUGAUGCAAAUCACAGGACAUCUAUGCACUGUAGGUAUUUUAAAAUUGCCGGGAGAUUAGAAUUAACCUAUGAUAACACUGGUCUUUAAAUCUCCUACCGACUUAUUAACAACUAUGUCAGCUAUAUCGAUGUAGAGGUCCCAAGAUAAUUAUAGUUUACAUAGCAUUUACAUAAUGUUAGAUAAACUCAAUUGUAGCUGCCCUGGCUAAAUCAAUCGAGAAGAACUUCUGGUGCUAUAAAUUUUUAGUGCUGGAUUGGAUUAUUGUAUGUUUUGCAUGAGAUACAGCUUUGUUUUAAAGCAUCACAGUGCAUUGAACCUCACUCAACCUCACCUCAAAACCAAAUGGAAAAAAAUUAUUAAAACUAGUUUCUUGUCUUUGAGUUAAGUCAAACUGGUCCAAACAGAUUUAAUGGGGGACAGACUUCUCAAAGCCAACAGCACUUUGAUACUUCGCCUUUUUUGGAGUUUUUGUUCACACACUAAACUCAAGCCACGUUACAAACAACCUGGAAGUCGCCCCUCCAAUACAAUACCGGACAUAACCUCAGCGGCUUAACCCACCGAGACAUCUACCGUUCUAAUUGCUGAUUUUAAAUGUAAAUAAAAUUCACACAAUCCA